CCUGUCAAACACACUUUAGAAGCUCGAAGGCAGCAAACAACCCACCCGCCCGCUGUCUCGACAGCUCCAAGUGCACAAGUCACUAUCAGCUCAUUUCUAGGCUAUCAUAAUUUUCGCUCGCGACAUGCCUUCUAUUCCAACAAAUACAGCAGGUACUAACGUGCGAUGGAAACAUCUAUACAAUGUACUCUGCAAGCCUGGGGCAUUCAGUGAUACGGACUGGGUACCAGGUCCAGAAACCAUAGAUGCACUUGAGACAUCUAAGAUCCUAGUAAUAGGAGCCGGAGGUCUAGGAUGUGAAAUUCUGAAGAAUCUCGCUCUAUCAGGAUUUAAAGAUAUCCAUGUUAUUGAUAUGGACACCAUAGAUAUAUCCAACCUGAACCGCCAGUUUUUGUUCCGCCAGGCUGACGUCGGAAAGCCCAAGGCGGAGGUCGCUGCGGCAUUUGUUGAGAAACGCGUCAAAGGGGUUAAAAUUACGCCUUACGUUGGGAAAAUUCAAGAUAAAGAUGAGGAUUAUUAUAUGCAGUUCAAACUAGUCGUCUGCGGUCUAGAUAGUAUCGAGGCUCGACGGUGGAUUAAUUCGACAUUGAUAGGAAUGGUAGAUCCUGAAAACCCCGAAACUUUAAAGCCAUUGAUAGAUGGUGGUACGGAAGGCUUCAAAGGACAAGCUCGUGUGAUUCUACCUACCCUCUCAUCAUGCAUCGAAUGUCAAUUGGACAUGCACGCACCCAGGGCUGCUGUUCCUCUCUGCACUAUUGCAACUAUCCCCCGACAACCACAACACUGUAUUGAAUGGGCCCAUCAAAUUGCUUGGCAACAGAAUCGCAAGGACGAACCUUUCGAUGGGGAUGAUCUCAACCAUGUUUCUUGGAUCUACCAUCACGCACUUGAACGUGCAAAACAAUUCUCUAUUUCUGGAGUUACGUUUCAGAUGACUCAGGGUGUGGUCAAAAACAUUAUUCCCGCAAUCGCAUCUACCAACGCAGUUAUAGCUGCGGCAACGACCUCCGAAGCUCUGAAGAUCGCAACCUCAUGUAACCCAUUUCUGGAAAAUUAUAUGAUGUAUGCGGGUGAGGAGGGGGUUUACACAUAUACUUUUCCCGCUGAGCAGAAACCAGAUUGUCCAGUUUGUGGCAAUUUGGCACGUACAAUUCAUGUUGACCCUGAAAUUUCCCUUGAACUGUUUAUCGAAAGUUUGAGUGAGCGACCAGAAGCACAGCUCAAACGGCCCAGCUUGCGGUCUGAGGAACGAACACUCUAUCAGCGCUUCCCACCACAGCUAGAAGAACGAACCAGGCCUAAUUUGCAGUUGAAGUUGAAGGAUCUAGUGUCAGAUGGGCAAGAGAUCGCAGUUAGCGACACUGCUUUCACAAUCGAUUUCCGAUACAAACUGGUCUUCAACUAGGACAGGCUAUAGUUUAUAAGGGCAGGAAGUCCAUCACAAGAGAACUACUGGUUUGAUGUAUAUACACAAUAGAAAUGAUAUUACCAACUCCUUUAGAUACAAC